AUGGCUCCAGCUGUUGCUGAAGUCGUUGAGGAAAGCAUCAUCGAGCGCCUUGUCGCGGCCGACAAGGUGCGAUGGUGGAAGAAGCCGAAUCUAAGGAGGUUGUACUUGCUGCUUGUGCCGUUUUGCUUGUUUAUUGAAUCCACCUCAGGGUUCGACAGUUCAAUGAUGAACGGAAUGCAGGCGCUGAGCUACUGGAAAGACUACUUUAAUCAUCCCAAAGGAGGCGAGCUUGGUCUGCUCGUCGCUUGCUACAAUCUUGGUGCCAUCACGAGUAUUCCGCUCGUGGCCGUUGUGUCUGAUCACCUUGGCAGGAGGAAGAGUAUCGUGCUUGGGUCUACCAUUAUGAUUAUCGGGGCCAUCAUGCAGGGAUUGUCGCGAAACUUGGCCAUGUUCGUCUUCAGCCGCAUCUUCCUUGGUCACGGCAUCGUGUAUGCGAUUAUUUCUGGUGCAGCACUUCUCGGUGAGCUCGGACACCCCAAAGAACGACACUUCCUGGGUAGUAUGUUCAAUGCUUUCUUUGGCGUUGGCUCCGUCCUCGGCGCUGGCAUCGUCGUGCGUACGGUGCUGAUCCCAAAUGACUGGUCGUGGCGUCUUCCGUCGAUGCUACAAGCAGUGCCAUCCGUCAUCCAGCUCGUAUUCGCCUUUACCGUACCCGAAAGCCCCAGGUGGCUGGUAUCGAAAGACCGGAGCGAAGAAGCCCUCGAGAUCCUCAUCAAGUACCAUGCUGAAGGCGAUGCCGCCGCCGAGCUUCCCCACGUAGAGCUUGCUGAGAUCCGCAAAGCCCUGGAGAUGGAAAACGACUCGCGUCAACGCGGAUGGGCAGAGCUCUUCCAGUCAAAAGGCAUGCGGCACCGGGCUCUCGUCGCCGCAGGCCUUGGCAUCUUUGUACAGUACAGUGGCAACAACCUCAUCAGUCAGUACCUGGUACCUAUCCUGGAGAAAAUCGGCAUCAAAGACAGCCACACGCAGGUCCGGUACAACGUCGGCUCUGAGGCCUGGGGCUUCCUCAUGGCCCUCAUCAUUGCAACCAUCUCACCCCGCUACCCACGCCGAAGAAUGUACCUGCUGUGCGCGAGCUGUCUGCUGUGCGUAUACACUGCUUGGACCAUUGCACAAGCCCGUAACCGCAUCACUGGCUCCAAAGAAACCGGCUACGCAGUUCUUGUCAUGAUCUUCCUGUACAAGCCUGCGUACAACAUUGCAUACAACGCGCUUACAUACGUAUACAUGGUUGAGCUAUUCCCAUACUACGUGCGCACAAAGGGACUAUCAUGGUUCCAGCUGUUCAACCGCUGCGCCGUCAUGCUGGGCUCCUUUACGAAUCCCAUUGGACUUGAGAAUCUCGACUGGAAGUUCCUCUUUGUCUUUAUCGCGCUGCUCUCGUUUGAGAUUGUCUUCAUCUACUUUUUGUUCCCAGAGACAUAUGGCAAGACACUCGAAGAACUUACCUUCUUGUUCGACGACGAGAAGCAGAAUCGCGCUACUCUUGCUGCCUCGACGGCCAAGGUCGUGGGGCACGGUACUGACUUUACCGAGAUUCAUGAGGCGCCUGAGAAGAAGGCUUAG